AUGGGGAAAACUGCUGUUUCAUCUUCAAAUCAACAACAACAACAACAACAACCACAACAACAACUGCGCGAGCAACUUCAACAAUUGCAACAUCAACAACUAGUACAACAACAUCUGAAUCGUUUACAACAAGUCGAACAGCCUUAUCAAUCAUUACAAUUCGCACGGUUAACAAGACCACCAAGGAUAAAUUCCCCUAAAACUAAAGAUCGUACUUUGUCGACUUUGACUCAAAGUGCGAAUGAUGACCAAAAAUUUCUAUUUAGCAAUUUAAACAAUAAUAGUAACAACAACAGUGCUAACACCUAUAACAACCCACAAACCUCAACCUAUACUUUAACUUCCACCAAAGAAACAAAUUACCCUCAUCAGCCGAGCUUUAGUGGACCCAGCUUAAACAAUAAUUUUGCGUAUUUGAAUCCAACAAAUAAUCGCACGUCUAUAUUUACUAAUCUGUUUCUCCAACAACCACAACCACAACCACAACCACAACCACAACCACAACCACAACCACAACAGACACAAGUAAGAAACAAUAAUAUAUCACCACAGGAUUUGAAUAAUAAGAAUAACACAAUGAUGCAUUAUCAGCAACAGCAACAUCCACAACAACCGCUGCAACCGCAACAACCGCAGCAAGCCCAACAACAAGCGCAACAGCAAUCACAACAGCAAUCACAACAACCACAUUCUUUGCAACAGAGUUUUAAUCCAAUUUCCACAUCAAACCAACAGUAUCAACAGUAUCAGCAACCUAGUCAAUUAUUUAAUCCACAACAGUCUGUUCAACAAUACUUGCAGCAACCAAUAAGACCCCGCGGAGAUUCGAUUGUGUUGCCUCCACCAAUCAGACUGCUGGGUGAACAUUUAUUUGAAAAUGGAACCAAUAGUAAUCCGAUCCCUUCAACAUCAAGAUCAAAUAGUAUUUUCAGCUCGUUAAUUAAUCUACCAGGAUCAAGUGGAAAUUCAAUAAGUGAACCGUCGCUUUCAAAUUCCGGUUCUGCAUCGGGCAAAAUCGAUGCCCCCUUUAACACAACAAAUGGGAAUAAAAACAAUAAUGGUGCGCCUCUAUUGCCACCCACUACACGUUCUCGUCAAAUGUCACUUGUUCAAUCUCAAGAUUUCACUAUGGAAGAUUUGGAAAAUUUUUUAAAUAAAGAGAGUAUGAGCAAUAUCUUCAAUUGGCAAAAUGAUCCAAAGUUAUCCAUUAGUGGUGGAACAGGAGGAAGUAGUGGGAAUGGAAUAAAAUCCAAAGGUAAUUCGAUUGAUUUCGCUAAUUGGAACGAAGGAAACAACAAUACUGGCUAUAAUAAUAGUAUCACGGAAUUACUUCAGAAUAUGAUAUCGAAUGGAUCGAUUGAUUUUAAUUCAUUUUCUAAUAUGAGUAAUCAGCAAAGAAGAGAUUCUAUUUUGAAAAUUAUAAACGAUCAGAAUUCAUUACGAAGUCAAAGAAGUUCAUCGGAUCAAUCGAGAAACACCAAUGCUAGCUUGCGAGAAGAUAUAUUUGAUAGAAGGAACCCAUCACAAUCACAACAACAAUCAAUUGAAAAAACCCCACAACAACAAUCAGCAUCAUCAUCAUUAUCAAAACAAAAGACAUCACCAAGACAAAGAAAAUCACCUCAGCAGAGACAAACUUUGCAACAGAAUCAAAGAGGACAAGUGAAUGCAUUGGCAGUUCCUGGAGACAAAGAUAACGUUUCGCCUACAUCUUCAUCUCAUACUUCCCCAAAAUUCCAAGAAGAGCCACAGUCACCAAAGGCAUCACCUGUUGCGUAUGGGAAUGUGCGUGUAAAUGAACCAUUUGCUUCAAGUGGAUACCAACAAGUGCAACAACAGCCAAUAUCACUAUCACAACAACAACAACAGCAACAGCAGCAACAGCAACAAAGCAGACAACAACAACAACAACAGCCCCAAAGAUUAUUUCAGAAUUAUUCGGUGUCGCCACAAAACCAAUACCAGUAUUCUGCUUAUCCUAAUUAUAGCCAAUUAGGAUAUUCCAAUGUUCAACAACAACUUCCAAAUGCUCGAAAUAAUAGUUUUAGCAACUAUAUAUAUCCAGUUCAACAACAGCAACAGUUCUAUCCACCACAACAGCAACAACAAUAUAUACCACCUACAGCAACCACCACCAAGCCACCUGGUUAUUUGCCUCAACAACAACUACAACAACCACAACAGCAGCAGCAGCAGCAACAAAAACAACUACAAUCGAAUCAACAGCCAUCAAAGACGCCGGAACAACAGAAAAGGAAGCCAUCUGUUAAACGAACAAGGAGGACUAAAAGAGACCAAAACUCGAAUUCAAGUUCAACAACAAAUUUGAUGAAUCCUCAGAAUAUGAGUUCACCUGAAAGUCGAAAUCUAGUUCCUGCUCAACAAUUUGCACAAUCAGAAGAUGGACGUCCGUUAUUGGGAGCAACGAAAAUAGAUCAAUUGAUGUUGGUGAUUCAAGCAAGAGAUAAAGGAAUAACAAAUACUAUUGAACAAGGUCCUGAUGGGAGUAUUUUAGCUUCCCCUGAUAAUUUUUCAUUGGGUCGAAAUAAAGCUGAAUUAGAUAGUGGAAUACUACCACGACCGGUUAGUCUUGUUGGAGGAGUUGAUAAACCACAUAAACGAGAGGAAGAUGAUAAUGAAGAAGGUGAUGUGAAUCAUCAUAAAAGGAGGAAACAUAAGAAUCAACAAUGCCCAUAUUGUUUUAAAUUUUUCACCCAAUCAACCCAUUUGGAAGUUCAUAUAAGAUCUCAUAUUGGAUAUAAACCAUUUGAAUGUACUUAUUGUCAUAAGAAAUUUACUCAAGGAGGAAAUUUACGAACUCAUUUACGAUUACAUACUGGAGAAAAACCAUUUACUUGUGAUAUAUGUAAACGAUCGUUCAAUAGGAAAGGUAAUCUUGCUGCUCAUAAAUUAACUCAUGAUAAUUUAAAACCAUUUGAAUGUAAAUUAGAUAAUUGUGAUAAAUCUUUUACUCAAUUGGGUAAUUUAAAAUCUCAUCAAAAUCGUUUCCAUUUAGAUAAAUUGAAUGAAUUGACUCAUAGAUUAGCAGAAUUAAGUGGACCUGCUUUGAAUAAUUUACCACCUGAAGAAAAAGAUUUAUUAUUAUAUUUCAAAGAUUUAUACAAGAAUUCAAAUAAGGGAAUCAGAGGUAGAGGUAAAGCUCAUAAAGAGGACAACAACAACAACAACAACCAAGGCAAUUCAAAUGGGAAACAAUCAAGUAAUGUUGGACAAACUUCUGGUUCAAGUUUAUCACCGCAAUUUACUAAUGGUCAAUCAAGUGGACAAUUUUCGGGAUAG